AUGGAUGAUUUAAAAACCAUAUCAUCUAAUUGUAUAGUUAAAAAUUCAAAAGAUCAAGGAAACUAUGUUGUAGCAUCAAAAGAUAUUAAAGCUGGUGAUUUUAUUGUAUUUAGAGAAAAACCAUAUUCUUGUUGCAUUAAUUUUAAAAUUGAAGAAAAUGAAAAAAAAAUAUGUCAUUAUUGUUUCACAAUAAAUAAUAAUAAUAAUUUAAAUAAUAAUAUACAUAAUAUGCAUACAGACAAUUUUAUAAUAUGUAAUAAUUGUAAAUUAAAUUGGUAUUGCAGUGAAAAAUGUAAAAAUGAAGAUUAUCAAACAUCACAUCAAUACGAAUGUAAAAUAUGGAAGAAAAUACAGUCAGCAUCACAAUUUAAUAAUGAAUGCAAAACCACUAUUAAAUUAUUAAUAAAAAUUUUAAUUUUACAGUAUAACGAAAUCAAAAUAAAUAAUAAUAAUGAUAAUAAUGAUAAUAAUAAUAGUUAUAAAGAAAUUAAAUUUAAAGAUAUUAUUGGUCUCGAAAGUAAUUCAAAUAAAUUUUCGACACAAAGAAUUACAGAUUUUAUGAAAAUUUCAAAAUUUAUAGAAAAGUCAGUUGAUAAAGAGAUUAUAGAUACAAUAUAUCCAACAGUAAAAGAAAUGAGCCUAUUUCAAAAAAAUAUGAUAAAACUAAUGUGUAUAUUGGAAUGUAACUCACACGAUAUAUCAUUCCCAUUCAGAACGAAUAGCAGUAUUACCACCUUCAAUUACUAUUCAAUUGGUAUUGGAAUUUAUUUUAAUUCAAGUUUAUUCAAUCACUCUUGCCAACCUAAUAUAUGCAAAGUUAUAGAAUCUUGUAAAAAUAAUUUUGGGUGUCACUCUAUGGUUGCAAUUAGAGAUAUUAAAGAAAAUGAAGAAAUAUCAUUUAACUAUAUCCAACUAAAUCAAAAUAAACAGGAAAGAAUUGAAAAACUACAAUCAAGUUAUUAUUUUACUUGCAAUUGUCCAAGCUGCUGCACUAAUAACCCCAACCCACACAAAGAAUUUUUAAAUAAAUAUAAAUGUAAAAAAUUAAAUUGUUCAGGUCUUGAAUAUCCAAAUAACAAUAACAAUAAUAAUAAUAAUCUAAUAUGUAAUAUUUGUUUACCUAUAAAUUUUAAUUAA